AUCGACAAUGUACCGCAUGUAUGUAUGUGUAUAUAUUUUUCAGAUAAAUUGAGGUAAUGUAGCAUAGCAAAUGUAAAUAUGCAUGACGAAUCUAAUACCUCAGCUUGGAUUUGCCCUAAUGAUCGUCAUUUGGCACUCAGAGCUAAGUUGAGGUCAGGAUGGUCGGUAAGAACAAAUCAGUUUGGUCGAACAGAAUCAAAUUCUCUAUCUCAUGAUGAAUUAGAAAAGAUACGAAAUGUAAUAAAUAAAGCAAAAAUGUUGGAAGAAACUGAACAGGAAAGGGUCGGGUCACUCGUGCAUCACUUGAACAUAAUGCGACAGAAUUCAAUGGGAGAUGGUCAAGCAACUUGCAUUCUCUGUGCAGAACAGUUUGGGAAAUUUUCGAGAAAUGCACCAAUCAUUUGUAUGGAUUGUAAGAAGAAAGUCUGCAACAAAUGUUGUGUGGAUUAUGAUACAGGACAACAACAUAUAAAUGGAAAACAAAGUUCUGCUCAGAAUCUAUCUAUGAAUUGGUUAUGUAAGAUCUGCAGUGAAAAUCGAGAACUUUGGAAACGUUCUGGUGCAUGGUUCUUCCAAUCACUUCCAAUAUACAAGUUGCCGAAUUUCAGGCAUUCCGAUGUUGACCAUAUUGAAAGAAGGCCUCAACGACGACCUUAUGUCCCUGAAGUCAUUGAUUCGCCUAAAAUGCAUAGGAAAGAUGUUCUUGCUCUUCCAGAUUCACCGGUUGUGGGUGGCAAAGGGCAUCGUAGGACGGUUUCUGCUGGUUCGACUGGGUCAUUUCAAUGGACUAAGCCAUCAAAGAUUCAUUUGACAAGUAGUUCUGAGUUUGAAGAAAGCUCAUCAGAUGACGAUGGAAUAACUUUAGGAAAAACCAAUAAACCAUCAAAUAUGCAACUGAGGAGUAUUGAUACAAUCAGUCUCACCAGCAGCACAAGUGCCACAAGUACAGGGCAACAAUCAACUGGAAGUUCAGUGUCUCGUCGAUCAUCUGGUAGGAGAACAUUCCGUGGCAAACAACAACAAAAACCUGAAUUUCCUAAAGUUACAGUGACGGAUGAAUAUGACACCGUGUCCAUGGAUAGUGGGGUGACAGAUAGAUCUGUAGAAGAUGACAAACUAAUGACUGACAUGUCUACGUUGCAUGGGGGUUCUGUAUCUAACGAAGAUGCUAAAUCUAUAUCGGGUGGUAAAGAAAACAGAGGAAAUCUUGAGUUUUCGAUUCUUUAUGAUCCACUCAAAUGUGCUCUCCAAGUUGAACUUAUCAGAGCUAAGAAUCUGAUUGCAAUGGAUGCAAAUGGGUUGUCUGAUCCAUAUGUCAAACUUCAUCUUCUGCCAGGGGCUACCAGGGAUAAAAAAGCAGAUGCAACUAAGCUUCGAACAAAAACUAAAAACAAGACUCUUAAUCCUGUGUUUGAUGAAACUUUGACAUACUUGGGAGUAUUAGAGCAUGAACUUGCUACAAGACAAUUGCUGCUAACAGUGCUGGAUGAAGACAGGUUUGGCCAUGAUUUUAUUGGAGAAGUAAUUGUACCAUUAAAAAGUGUUGUUGCUACUCAAAAGAAGACAUACUCCUUGCCUCUGCGAUCUUCAUAUGCCUUGAAAGAAAAAGAAAAGAAUCCAAUUGAUCCUGGUCGACUUUAUCUCGGUCUUCGUUAUUAUACAAAUGAACAUUAUCUUUCUGUAAGAAUUCAUCGAUGCACCAGUCUAGUACCAAAGAAAAACAGCAAUGAUAAUGUGAAUGCUUUUGUCAAAGCGACAUUAACCAUGGAUGAUAAUCGAGUAUUCACACAAAAGACAGAAGUGAAAAAGAAAACUCAAAAUCCAGUAUUUGAUAGAGAACUGAAGUUCAAGGUUUCACCAGAAACUGGACAGGCUGAUUUAGCUCGCGGAUCGCUGUUGGUAUCGGUUAUGAAUAAGGGCCAAGAUGUUAUUGGUUCAGUAGAACUCAGUAUCAAUAGUAAGGACGAAGCACUGAAGCAAUGGUAUAAUUGCCUGAAGAGUAAAGAUCAGCAAUUCAACUCAUGGCAUAUAUUGUCUAAAUGAAGCAAUACAAUCUAUAAAUUUUCAUGACAAAUAAUCUAUAGUUCAGGUAUUAAUGUAAGAUUUCACCAGAAGUGCCUGAUUUUUUUGUUAGUAUUCAUUGAAUUAUGAUGCAAUGAUAGCAAUAUAUAUUCAUUAGCAUUGA